UUUUUUUUUCUUGAACCGUUGCCACUCAAAACUGGUGCAACUUUUCUACUCUGUACUUUUACCUUUUUUUUCCCGAGAUCUUCUUUUCGAUCUGCUCCUACUCGUCAGACACAAGGCUUCAUUAAAGUUGAGGCUUAGUUGUGGGCGGGGUGACCUUGUAUGAUAUAAUUGUAACAACCAGAAAAACCUUCAAGACGAGCGAAGGCAUCAAAAGUUGCAACCCAUCAAAAAGUCGGAUCAUCUAGAGGAAACAGUAGCGAGGCGCCGCGAUCUGUAUUAUAUCCAGCCAAAGAGACAAGACAAAAAAAAAAUGCCUAGAUACAACAUGAACGGAAACCACCUCUUCCCACCAAACCUGGCGGGUUUUGCCACGCCAGAGGACCAGUCAAAGGACGAGAUCAUCGCCGAGCUCAGGCGCAAGAUCGAGGAGAUGUCGACGUCGGGCAGCAGCGCGGCGUCGAGCGUCGGCGAGAGCUCGCAGAGCUGCGCGGGUGGCAGCGGCAGCAGCAGGAGGAGCAGGAGGCGGCGGAACCGGAACAAGGGGGCGCUCAUGACCACAACGGUGCCGUUUCAGCAGCAGCAAGAACAAUACGAACAACAACAACAAAAACAACAACAACAGCAACAGCAACAGAACAGGAGUUCGAACAGAAACCGCAACAAUGCGAAUACCUAUCGGAGCAACGCAAGCAAUGCGACCGAGGAGAUACCACGCCCGACUGAGAGGAGAAAGGUCCCCAAGCUCCAGCUCGGUCUGAACCUGGACCUCGAGCUGGAGCUCAAGGCGCGCAUCGACGGUAAUGUGACGUUGUGUCUGCUAGUCGAACAAGAAGAAACCCCCCGACCACCCUCGUCCAUCGAGCUCCCACGACCCCCGGGUCCCUUGGUCGAGGGUGCCACCGUCUCGACGGAGCUGUACCACAUGCGAGUCGGUCGGCUGCGCCUCGGCAGGCGCUGGCUCGAGCGGGACGUCAGCGCUUCGCUCACGGCCGCCGCCGUGGCUGCCGUCGCGGCCGCGGGCUUUGCGUUUGGGUUCUUGCUCGCGGCCGAUUCUGCAAGAGGGCCCGGAUCGGGCCGAUUCCUUGCCUUGAUGGUGAACUUUUGUGGGUGUUUUAUCUCUAGCUGUAUUCUGUAA